UCGAUCAGCAGCAAGCGCAUGCAGCUAAUGCCGGGGGGCCACGUUGGCUGUCACCGUCGCUGUCGCUCGACACCUCAAACUGCUGUAGCCGAUGACAUGCCGCCACCAAUCCACACGCCGCAAGCCCCCCAUCUCCCGACCUUCCCUGGCGCUGACCCGCCUUCGAGAAGCUGCCUGCUGCAAUGCCACACCGCACAUAUCUACUUACUGUGUAGUAGUCCAGUCCAGUCCAAUCCAGUCUUCAGUCUGAUGACACCGCAGACACAUGCCGCUAGCAAGGCCGAAGACGCCUCUGUUCAUCGCCGCUCGCUCACGCCCACGGCAUUGGCAUUGCCCUCACCCUCCUUCGCCUUCACUCUCGUCCGCCCCCAAUAUAUGUACACUACAUAGCGCGAUCGCGUGUCUCGCCCUCCGCCUUUGUCGUUUGGCGCUGGACCGUAUCAGAUAUGAACUGUGACUUGACCCCCAUCUGCUGUCCCUCCAAGCUAUUCUACUUGACUCUGCUCCUGCAUCUGCAUGUACAUACGUACAUAGACAUGUAGCAUAUAGCAAGCCC